UGAAUGGUUGAUGAGGUGGUCAUUUUUGGAGUAGCAGAUCCUCUGGUGUUGUUCAAGAUGCUGGAGAUUAUUGUUCUCUGGUGGAGUUGGACAAAGUCGGGUCAACCAUUAAGCAUAGGCGACCUCUAGCAGGAGCACUGUUUCACCGUUCCUUGUAGUGGAAGUUCAGGCCCAUCCUUACUAUAUAUAAUUCUGAUGGAGGGCUUAACUUAACAGUGCCCUCUUACAUGACCGUUACAAAUAUAACCUUUCAGGCGGGGCAGUGAUAUACCGUGCCCACGCCAGUAAAAUCUGUAUCAGUGAAGCACUUUGUAAAGCACUCGACGCGCCAAUAUUCAAGUGUCUCGUGGAUCCAGAAGCAGGCGAUUCGGGAGGCGUGCUGUAGGCUAUGUUCUUUGCUAUCAAAAGAUGGAAGUCAAUAAAGAAAUGCAGAUUGGAAUUAACGUCAGUCCAAAUGCGGUAGCUGACCCAGAAUUAAGUUUAUAUGCAGAAGCCUUAUCACGUUUACAAGAAACACUUGAAGAGGGCCAGAAGACCAGCAACAUUGAUGUGCAGAUGAUGUGGCUGAACAUCAUCAGAUGUCGACAGAUUAUCCAACAGUUGUCAGCGUCGGAGAAUGACACGUUUUACUCGGGUAUUUUACUUCAACUUGAGACAUCUUUGGCUUCCCAUGUGGAUGUUCUACAGAAGAAAAUCUCCCAGCUGAACUCCGACAUUCAGGCCGGACAUGUAAAGUACCCAACAAGUCUACCCAGCUGUGGUGGGGAUGCUGCAUCUGCAGGGCGGCCAGAGACACAGAAACCUUCAUGUGAUGACAGCCAGAAACAGCAACGGCGCAUUGCCAUUGAGGACACCAUUAUAACGAAGGGUGGUCUGACGUUCCAGGACAUAGCUGGACUCCAUGAAGCCAAGCAGGCUUUACGGGAAGCCAUUAUAAUGCCACUUCACUUCCCCCACCUCUUCACAGGUGCCAUCAAGCCGUGGCGCCGUAUACUUCUGUAUGGACCUCCUGGUACCGGAAAGUCUCGCCUGGCCCAGGCCAUUUCCUCGGAAAUCAACUCCUCCUUCUACUGCGUGUCCAGCUCGGACCUUGUGUCCAGCUGGGUCGGAGAGAGUGAAAAAUUGAUAAAAGAACUUUUCCAGCAUGCAACCACUCAUGAAGGAAGAUCAGUGAUAUUUAUAGACGAGAUAGACAGCAUCAGCCGCCAGAGGAACUCUCGAGAGGAAGAACACACUAGACGUAUAAAGACUGAACUCCUCAAACAGAUGGAAGGGGCAGACAACUCUGACAAGGCUGAUAAAAUAUUCCUUCUCUGUGCCACGAACUGUCCAUGGGAGUUGGACUCUGCCUUUCUACGGAGAUUUCAAAAGAGGAUUUAUAUUCCACUGCCAGACAAACAGGCUCGUAUAGAGCUAAUGAAGAUCCAUACCAAGGGUAACAAGCUUGACUUUACCAAGGAAGAAUGGCGAGUCCUGGGUGUCAAUACAGAGGGCUACUCCGGCAGUGAUAUAGCCAAUAUGAUGCUCGAGGCUCUUUUUAGGCCAAUCAGGGAUCUCCAUACAUCCAAGUUUUGGAAGCAACAACCAGAUGGUAGCUUUGUACCUGUUGAUGAAGGAAGUGAAGGAGCUAUGGAGGCUAGCAUUACAGAUUUACCACCCGACAAGGUCAUAACUAGGAACGUGGCAUUGUCUGACUUUAUGAUGUCUGUGGAGACUCACAGGAAAACCGUUACUGCAAAGGAACUCAACAAAUUUGAGGACUUCACUAAAUUAAUGGGGGAGAGUGGAUAAGCUGUGUUUAUAACUGGUCAUCAAUGUUCAGCAGACAAAGACUGUUACUUCAAGGAGCUCAACAAGUUCUUCGACUUCACUAAAUUAAUUUUGGAAAGUUGCUAACUGUUUUUAGAACUGGUCAACAAUUUUCAUCAGCCUUUUGUUAUACAUCCCGUAUUGAUGGUAGAGUUAAAUGUUAAAGCUUGUUGUGUUGAUACCUGGGUAUAUAUGGGGUAAUAUCUCAGUGACUCUUGAGACUAAUCUAUUUAAGGAUCCA